CAAUAUGUUCGCCUUAUGGUAUUUAUCAUUGGCCGUCGAUGAGAUGCGCAAACGUUUUGGUUGGACAUUUUUUGAUAUUUUUUAUACCAGUAAUAAGACUGUUAAAACACCAAACAAGGCCUUAGAUAAUAAACCUGCCAACAGUUCGACCUCGACGACUACUACUAAUAAGCCAAGUGAAGCUAGCAGUUCGAAAGCGCCCGAACCAGCGAAACCAAAACCGGUUGAAGUUAAACCUGCACCAGCUCCAGCUGCUCCCAAACCCGCAGAAGUUAAACCUGCACCAGCACCCGCACCUCCAAAACCUGUUGAAGUUAAGCCUGUAGCUCCUGCACACCCAAAACCUGUUGAAGUUAAACCUACACCAGCCCCGGAACCACCAAAACCCGUAGAAGUUAAACCUGAACCACCAAAACCCGCUGAAGUUAAGCCCACACCACCACCUGCACCAGCACCCGUUGUCCCACAACCACCAUCCGUUUCGCCACCAAAGCAGGCACCUUUUCAAACACCCCUUGCUCCCAUUACACCAAUCGAAGACAAAAUGCCAGUGCCCAUUGCCGUACCCAAUCCUCCAGCUAAUGCUGAUUUGAAAACGACCGAGAAUGGCACCGCCCAAGAUGUCAUGGACAAGAAGUUGCAAGAGAGUGCAGCCCUCAAGGAGAAUGGCGAAAACAUUAAGAAUAAUGCGAAAAAUGCCACCGCUGAUUUUUUGAGUGGUGAAUCGAAGUCGCCCUCAAAAAUUAUGAAAAUGACCGAUGGAUUCUUUAAAUAG